AGAGAGUGAAAAAUAAUAAUAGAAGAAUGGGGAGGAGAUAUAAAAAAAGAAACCCCCUGAGGAAAAGUCGGAUAUAAAUUCCUCACUCCCACCUUCGAUGGGAAUUUUCCCCCUUCCUCUACCCACCCACCAACCGUCACUCGUUCAUCGGUCCUCGUGUAAACAAUACACGUUCCUUCGUUCGUUCAAUCGCUCGAUUACCAUCCAUUUUACUUGCUACUUGAUCCAGAACCCGGAAACAAAAAUGCAGCCUCAAUCCCUCCUGCUCCUCCUCCUCGCCUCGGUCGCCCCGGCAAUCGCCGCCACCACCGCCCUUGACUGCGGCGGUGGACGCGCCCCUCCGAAGACUACGGUUCCUGGAUGCCCGGGGUUCACCGGGCCAACACCCACUUCCGAUUCCACAGCCGUCUCCACCCCAACUUCGGGCUCGGGUUCGAGUGUGUCCUCUUCCACCUCGGCGGGCACCGCCGUUACCUCCACGGCAACCGGCUCACUGCUCCCGACUUCGGCAAAGACGUCGUCUUUCGUUACUAAACCAGUGCCCAGCUCUGGCGCUUCGAACGCUACCAGCACUACCAUUCGGGGCACUGGCACGCGUGGGAACGGGACCGCGACUGUUACACCUGCUUCUGGCACCAACAGCACUAGCUCUGGUUCCGGCUCUGGGUCCGGCUCUGGGUCGGGAUCUGGGUCUGGCAGUGGGAGUGGAUCCGGGACUGGAUCGUCUGGAAGUGGAAGUGGAAGUGACAGUGGAGGCUCCAGCUCCAGUUCAUCCGGCUCUCCGUCAAGCCCCAGCUCUCAGGCAAAUAGUGCCGGAAGGGUGGUUGGAGGUAUCAGCGCUGCGGUAUUGGGUCUUGUUGGGGUCGUUGCGUUCGGGAUGAUCUAGGUGUUGGAUAAUAGAUGUAUGGAUGUGGCAUGUAUAGACAUAUAGUACCGGUAGGGCUUGUAAUGUGGUUUUGGGCGCGGAUAAAAUAAUACUAUCACUAAUUGCAUUCUAUUCUAUUCUCUC